AUGGCGAAAAGAUACAACAAUGAGAUAAGCAGUCAUUUGAAAUCAGUGGCUGUGGAAAGCAGAAAGAAGUUAGCAGAAGGCUUUGGUUUUGGUCCAUCUUCAAGAUUCACAUGUGGAGAGAAAUCUGAGAGAAGCCAGACCAUUACAGAGUUCUUCAAACCAGUUUUAAAGCAAGACCUUGACCAUGAAGACAGAACUGCCUUGUGCAGAGGAAAUGUGAAAGAUGCAGGAAUUGGACUGUCAGUUUUACAUGCUGAGUGUUUUGAAAAGAAAAUAUCUUCUCCAAAGAAGGUCAGAAGAAAAAAGAUGCCAGACCAAACGCUGAACACAAGUCCUGUGGUAGAUGCCUUUUGGAGAGGAAUUAAGAAAGAAGGCAGAGUAAACAUUUUAGAGAAAGGCAGAGCAUGUGAGGCACGGGGUUUGUUGAACCCAAAAGUUGUGAUUCAAAAACUCUUUACUACCGCAGGGUCUCGCAGCUGUUUCUUGGCCGAAAAGGAUAACACUGUCCAGUCAGAGCAGGGAAGAAAUGAGAAGUGUCUGGGUGUAACAAGAGCACCAUUGCCUCGUGGAAAUAGUUGGGAACAGAAGACUGUCAGUAUGGAUCUAGAUGACACUAGUUCAGGCUCUGACAAGUGGAUUUCAUUACCAGAAGCUGAUACUCGAAAAGCCUGUGCUAGAAAUAAUGGCACUGUGAACAACACAUCUCUCUGCCAAAACCCAGGGCUUCCUACGAAAUUGCCUUGCACUCCAGCGGGCGCUGAAUUUCGGUUGUCACUGGAAACUCUCUGCAGAGAAAGGAAGCGGAAGAAACACAAAAUGAAACAAUCUGAGCCACAUCCUGUAAAGCCAUUCUCAGGAACAAGUGUAUCACAUCAGGGCUAUGAUGUUAUCAGCAUCACUGAGACGUGGUGGGGGAGCAUGGAAAUGGAUGGAUACAAGCUCUUCAGGAAGGACAGGCAGGGGAGAAGAGGAGAGGAUGUUGUCCUCCAAGUCAGUGACCAGCUGCAGUCCAUGAAGCUCCGUCUGGGGAUGAGUGAGGAGUUGACCAAGAGCUUACAGAUCAUGGUUAAAGUGAACACUGGGGCAGAACCAACAAGAAAAGGUGCUAUACUGGACCUUGUUCUCACCAGCAAGGAGGGGCUGAUGGGAAAUGUGAAGCUCAAGGGCAGUCUUGGCUGCAGUGGCCAUGAGAUGGUGGAGUUUAAAAUUGUUAGGGCAGCAAGCAGGGCACACAGCAAACUCGUUUCCCUGGACUUCAGGACUGCUGACUUUGGCCUCUUCAGGGACCUGCUCGAACCAACAAGAAAAGGUGCUAUACUGGACCUUGUUCUCACCAGCAAGGAGGGGCUGAUGGGAAAUGUGAAGCUCAAGGGCAGUCUUGGCUGCAGUGGCCAUGAGAUGGUGGAGUUUAAAAUUGUUAGGGCAGCAAGCAGGGCACACAGCAAACUCGUUUCCCUGGACUUCAGGACUGCUGACUUUGGCCUCUUCAGGGACCUGCUCGAUGACACAUCUCAACCAAAGCCAAAGAAGGUUUCAAAACACGAGGCAUCUUCUCCGAAUGCACUGAGAACAUCAUCUGAGAUGGCUGCUGAAGGGUGCAUGAGCAGCAGCCAUGAGUCUUCACAACUCUCAUGGGAGUUAAAAAUUGAAAGCACCUGUACAGGCAAGUUGAAUGGAAAGUCAGAAAGCAGCUUUGAUAGUGAAGAUGAAAGUUUGAAAUGCAGCCUAGAUGAUGAUGAUGAUGAUGAAGAAGAAGUAUUCAUGUCACUGCAAGAAAUUUUGUCUUCAAGUCCCAAGCCACAGGCAGGAACCCAGAAAGACUCCUGUCUUGACAGUUUUUCUCGGGACACCCUUUCUAAGCCUCCUGUUGUUAGCCAGGUGUCAUAUGUGAACAGCUUAGAACAUCUCUUGAAGGAGAAAGAAGAAUCUAAAAGGGUAGAUGAACUAGAAAAGCUGUUAGAGGAACACAUACAACGAAGGGAAACUGAUUCUUCAGAUAGAGAUGAUGAGGAGAAUGCCAGUGGAGAUGAAGACCUCUCAGAAGAGCACAGGGCAUUUUUAAAGAGAUUUUCAGUAGUAGCUUAUGCCAUACCUGACUACCACCCUGGAGAAGAUAUAUUUGAUUUAUCAACUUCUGGGAAAAUUUUCAAUCAACAUAACCUUGACUUGAGGAAUUUUCAUUUCAGUUCUGAAAAUCUUACAGAAAAGCUCCUUCUUAGUUCUGGUGUAACGCAGCAGCUUUCUUUAGCUGUUAAUGGUUUCCUAAGUUCUGCUUAUGGUUGUAUCUUGUGUCCCAUACCGGUUCUGAAGUGGCUUUUCCAGAUGAUGUCUGUUCAUCCUGACUGUUGUGUUUCUGCCCAGAUUUUAGACAGAUUGAUGGAGAUAACCCUAAAAACCGCUUCCAUCAGUGACGAACAGUCUAAACCAUGGAUUCCUUCGCUAGCUGAUGUGUCAGCUGUUUUUGUCAAUAUGGGUGUUGCGUUUAGAUCUCUCUUUCCAUUGCAACAUCUUCAGCCCAACUUUAACGAGCAUGAUAUUUUAAGUCAGAUGCAAGAAACACUGAGUAAACAACAGCCAGGAGACCUCACUUCUGCCAGUCCAGCCUUUUCCAGUCUACCAGAAAGCAAUUUAAUUAAUGUGAUUAAGUUUCUAGGUUUCUGUACAACAGUAAUUCAAGGUGGAUAUACUGAUGAAGAAAUAUUGCUGCUGCUUCUAUUGCUGUUUAAAAUAAGCUUGGAGAAACAGUUAAAGCAAAUUCCUUUGAUAGAUUUUCAGUGCCUUUUCAUAAAGCUUCUGAUAAGUAUAAAAGACUGGGAUACAAAGAUGCCUGAGCUCUGCCUGGCAGUGAGUGAACUCUCCAGUCAUCACCAUAAUCUCCUGUGGCUGGUUCAGCUGGUCCCUAGCUGGAUAAUACGUGGACGGGAAGUAAAAAGACGUCUCAGCCUAGUGAUAAUUUCAAAGCUGCUUAAUAAAAAGUAUACAGGAAUACCCAACGACAGUGACAAGCAGAUGUCUCUUCUGCAUCAGUAUCUGGUGUACAUGAAACCUUCUAAUCUCCUAAAGAGGAUGAGAGAACGGGAGCAGCAGAACACUGAGGAAGACCACCUUUAUGCAGAACUCGAGCAGGAGACAUACUACCUAAUCUACAUCCUCCUUCAUCUAGUCAGUGAAGCUAGUUUCUUCGAUGUUGUGAAUUCUAAUCAAAGGCAACACUUACUGAAGCUUUGUGGUGCCUUAGACAGGCACAUAAAAUGUGAUAUUAGGGAAGAUGCACGGCUGUUUUAUCGCACUAAGGUAAAAGACUUAGUUGCCAGGAUAUAUGGCAAAUGGCAAGAUACCAUACAAACCACUCGGCCUAUUCAGGGAAAACUGCAUGAUUUCUGGGAGCCAGAUUCCUGA